AUGCCAGAAUGGGCCCAACAGCUUGCUGGAAUCCUCCCGCUCACUGCUCUAAUAGAAUUCAUUGACCUUCCCACGAAGCUGCACGUCUUCGAGCUCGCGGGAUGCGUGCCCCUUUGGCAUUGGCCCGUCACGCCGGCGGGAGCGCGGAUUUUGCUGUCCACCCUUGACAAUGAUCACGCCUGUUGUCUUGACCGCGAGGAUCAUAGCACGGUGCUUCAUUGCAUCGACGGCCGAUACGGCGAUUGCUACCCCAGCAGUACGCCCACGACGACUCGUGUCAUCAUGUCUUCAUCUGGCAGUACCAUUGCAAUCCCAAACAACUCCCUAAACCUGCUGAACAGCUCGGCCCGCAAACAAAAGUUGAGCGUCAUUGUUCUAGACCGAGAGAAUCUCUCCCAGCGAGACGAGCCGCAUCAUGAAUGGUGGGCCAUGUCGUGGUCAAGAUUUCGCCGCCACAGCGUCAGGUACAGGCUCCUAUCUUUCGUGGGAUGGCUGGCCCUCGGGGGCACCCUAGCCAUCAGUCUAAUGUGCGGCCUCUACUUGUCGAUAGUCUACCUCAUCCUCUUGCCCCUGACGGGGAUAGCCAUCAACGCGACACACGGCGGCCAAAGACGCCGCUUGCUGGACGAGGACCGGUCCGAGUUCAAGAGGGUGGUGGUGUGCACCAACAGCUUCAACGGAACGCACUGGUGGCUCUUCUACGGCGGCAGCCAUACGCUGAACUCGCUGCUCAACAAGCCGUUGUUCCGCACCACCCCGGCCCGCGGAAGGGGACUGGCCAGCCGGAUACUGCAGCUUUUGAUAGCGUGCCAGUGGGUCGUGGCCAUCGCAUCGUGCGCCUUCCAGGACUGGAACGCCAUCAUCAUCUCGAUUUGGCUCGCCUUCUGCGCCAUCUCUAGCGGUUAUUUCAAUCCUUCCCCGGAGUGCGUUCGAGACUGGCUCAAGAGAGACUGCCAUAUUUCGUCGACGUCCAUCACCACCGAGUUCAGUUCGCGCAGGUCGAUGCUGAGCGCCAUGGUCUAUCUCAACCCGGACAGCUCGGAGCGCAGGACAAGUUGGAUAAACCCAAUUCUUGCCCCGUGCGCGGAAAGGCAAGAAUGGGAAGAAGCUUUACUGAAUGUUCUCGAAAGUGGGACAGAAGACUCUGUGGGGGAAGAUCUACGCAAUAAGUAUUGGUGGAAAUUCAUCACAGAGGGCAUAGAAAUGGGCAAGGCCAUCGAAAGGGUGAUCACGCAGCAACUAAGGCGAAGUGACACAAACCAGUCAAACUCGUCAGCCUGGAGUGAAUCUUUUGACUUUCUCAAGAUGUGGUACAAAGUGUGA